CGACUCUCGAGCUAGCCUGCCGGCUGGGGUCCAGUCUUUCCCAGUUCCUCUCUCUCCGUCUUCGCCCAGUCGCCGGAGUUGUACGUGAAGAUUCAAUCCGAGAACUGCUGUUUUGGUUAGCGGAGAGCAUUCUUGAUUCGACCUAUGAUUUCGGCUCAUUGUAACCUUUCAUUUUUUCAAAUACUCAGAGCGUGUAGAAUAUAAAAUUAGUGUAUGUACAUAAUGCGCAUUGGAUCUACAUGAAAAUCAGAUUCAUCAUUAAAUGCAAAGUAGCCCACUUUGUUAUUGAUGCUUCAAGGUGGUGUAUUGUAAGGUGAUUAAGCCCCUUCCCACUAAAAAAAAGAAAAAAGAAAGAGAAACAGGUGAUACAAAUUGGACAAAGAGUUGUUCUUGGUGUUUGAGAAUAAUGAUGGUAGACAGUAAGGGCUGUAAGACAGAUGAUAGCCAAAAAAUUGCACAAGGUGCAGCUGAUGCUUAUACUAGUAACCCCAAAGCCUUGAUUCAUAGUGAUGAAGCAAUGCAGGGACUUGGUCAAGACAAUGUUGAAGUAGACAGCAAGGCCUUAUCUCACUCAGAUGCUAAUGAUUCUGUCAACAGAACAAUGCCGUCAUCUGUGCAUGCAUACACUUGUACUAAAAGAGAGAAACCUGAAAGUGUCUAUUCUGAUUUUGAUCACUGUGACGGACCUGAAUACAUUGCAAAAGACAGUUCCUCACAAGUAAGUGGAAAGGUUGAGACAUCUGAAAAUUUGAAAAACUCAGUGUCUGAAAUGGAAUUGUCUGCCGGUAAUGGAAACAAGGUUCAGUCUAUGAUUGUUGAAUUACCUAAGGAUAUGCUGGUUUCAGAGGAGUUAUCUACUGUAAAUGGCAACAGAGAAGAAAUUAAAAGUGAAAAAAAUAUUGUUCCGUCAUUAGGAACCAGAAAAAGAAAGCAGUUGCUAACUGAAGAAGCAAACCAGGGACUUGCUGAUGCACUAACUGGAAAAGAGGUGCUACAAAUUAGUCAGGUGGAUACAAGAUCGUUGAAUUCAGAGUUGGAUGUUCACCAUGAUUUCAAUGCAAACCCUCCUCCUAAGUCAUUCCUGUUGGAUGCAAAUGUUGUUGGAGCAGAUGAGUCUGGGACAGAGGAAGAGCAAGCGGCAUUCAUCAAAGAAUUGGAAGCCUUCCAUCAGGAAAAUAACUUGGAAUUCAAGCACUUAAGGUUUUACGGAGAGCCAUUGAAUUACCUCAAGCUAUGGAGAGCAGUGAUCAGACUUGGUGGCCACGAACAGGUGACAUCAAACAAGCUAUGGCGGCAAGUAGGAGAAUUAUUUAGGCCUCCAAAGACCUGCACUACUGUCUCUUGGACAUUCCGGUCUUUCUAUGAAAAGGUUAUGGUCAAUUUGAUUACUAUGUGGUUCACUGGUUUCAAGUUCUCAUUGAAAUAUACUGCAGUCCCUUUCUAUUUUAUUUUAAUAUGUUCCUUUUAGCCUCGUUAGAUUUAUAUAAUAGCUGUAAAACUAGAGGUAUUUAACCUGCUGUAAAGUUAAUUUAGCUGGAAACAAGUUAGUAUUGUUGUAUAGGAAUUUUUUUGAAAUAUAGGGACUUAUAUAAGAAGACUUAAGCAGCAUAAAUGCCUGUGCAUUUCUUCAUUGUAUUGUCAAAAACAAUAAGUAUUCAGCAUCUCAUAGCAAACAUGACAUCAGAAACUGCUGUUGGGAGAUCAUUUUUUUCUGCCAAAAAAUCUCUCUUCCAGAAAAAUAAGAUAUGUUGAACCUGCGCAAGUGUGUAUCCUAAGCUUUCUGAUCAUAUGUUUCCAUUCCACCUGACACUUACACCACCAGAGCAUCCUCGGCUCCUUGCAAGUUGCAACCUUAACCGCCCUCACAGGCUGAAUCCCAUGAACGCUGCAUCUGUCAUGCUCCAGUCUUUUGCCCCUUCUGUUUUGCAUUCCGGAAUGUGGCCCCACCUGCAGCCAGAGUUUUGAUCAGUCAACACCAAUUACCCUCUGUGGAUAUAGUUUUACUCUCAUACAUAUUUUACCUACAUUCUAGUUGCCCAAAUCUUUCCAUCAUCUCCGAUGGAGCCAAAAAUUCACCAUUUUUUGGCUUUGGGGUGUGAUGGAAUAAAUCAAAAUGGAUCUCUAAAAUGUCUGUGCUUCUUUAAUUAAUGAAGUAGCAGUUUGUCAAGCAAUGUAACUUUCGACGUUGAGCCCUCUUUGGAAACAGCCUCUCUACUUUCGAGUAGGGGUAAGGUCUGCAUACACACACCCUCCCCGGACCCCCACUCUUGUGGGAUUCAACUGGGGUGUAUUCUAGUCACAGAAAUAAACUGUUCACACGUUAUGAUCUCUCAAUUGUUCAUUUGUUUUUUUUCAGUGUCAAUAUUCCACUCAUCUUGUUUGAGUGGCUCUUCUAAUUGAUGACUUGCUUGUUUUUGUAGGGACUAUUUGAAUAUGAAAAGCACAAGAUGCGCAGUGGUGAGCUUCCAUUUUCUGAUGCAUCUUUCUCAGAGCCUUCUAGUACUGGUAAUCAGGGUAAUCAGGCACUGGGGUCUGGUAGAGCAAGAAGAGAUGCUGCAGCACGUGCUAUGCAAGGUUGGCAUUCUCAACGCCUUUUUGGGAAUGGUGAGAUUGGAGAUCCCAUCGUUAAGGAAAAGACAUCGGUUUCAACUCCCAAGCGAGAGAAACAUGUCAAGACUCUUGGCUUGCUAAAGCGCAAAAAGCUGUCUCCUGUCGAUGAUGUUGCCAAAGCCACACCCAUGAAAAUUCCAAAAACACACUCAGAUUCAAUGAUCACUGAUAUUGGGGCUCCUGCUGACUGGGUGAAGAUUAAUAUUCAGAAAACUAGUGAUUGCUUUGAAGUAUAUGCAUUAGUACCUGGCCUUUUACGUGAGGAGGUGCGUGUGCAGUCUGAUCCAGCCGGAUGCUUGGUUAUAUCCGGUCAACCAGAGCAAUUGGAUAAUCCCUGGGGUGUUACUCCGUUCAAAAAGGUAGUCAGCUUGCCUUCAAGAAUCGAUCCUCUUCAGACAUCGGCUGUGGUCACCCUGCACGGGCAGUUAUUUGUACGCGUACCAUUUGAGCAAUCAGAUGCAUACUGAGAAAACACCCAAUCUUGAAAGGCUCACAAUGACCACCCACCCAGGCUUGCAGGGAGAUAUGGGGGGGUUCUUUCUACAAAUACUGUAUUGCACAAAUUCCUCUUUUAGUAGUAGUACAAGAUUACUGAGUUUUGCAGAAACUUGUGAGUAGAUUUAUUUCUUAUGGCACCGGGGGGGAUGGUGCGUGCAGCUUGUUAUUGAAAUAGAUUUAUUCAGUUGGUGGAAAUUAUAUUAUUCUCCACAAACUGCUUACCCACCCACCUCACUUUUGAACCCGGGUUUAGCUCCUUGUACUAAAUCUUUUCGACGAGUCUAUGAUUAUAAUUAAUUUCCUUUGGGGUU